AUGGUAUUCAAUUUGCGCACGUUCAGUCUGUCCAGUACCAGUAUACAAGUUGGUCCAACAGCUCGCUUUAGGGAUCUGCUGAGGAGGUUCUCUGUGCAUGAACUUCAAGUUGCAACAAGAAACUUUAGCCCCAACAGCAUGUUGGGCGAAGGCGCGUUUGGACCUGUUUACAGAGGAUGCUUGGCCGAUGGUUCUAUAGUUGCAAUAAAACGAAUGAGGGAACUUUCUGAAGAUUCAAAGAAACAGUUUUGGACAGAAGUGGAAGUGGCAGGCAUUGCUCCACACCCGAAUUUGUUAAGCCUGCUUGGGUUUUGCAUUACGGAUCAGGAGUGCUUGUUAGUCUAUCCAUUUAUGGUUAAUAGAAGUCUAAACUUCCACUUAGGACAGCGAGUCAGCAAUCCGAUUGAUUGGUCUAUCCGGAUGAGAAUAGCUUUAGGAGUUGCUAGGGGGUUAGCGCACUUGCAUGAUCAAUGUCAUCCAAGCAUCAUUCACCGUGACGUGAGUUGUUCAAACAUAUUAUUGAAUGAGGAAUUCGAGCCAGUUUUAGGAGACUUUGGCCUAGCCAGAAUCAUGCAUGAGACGGAUAUUGUGGUGGGAAACGUCGAAUGGUCCAUCGACUGCAGACCUGUCAAAUGGUCUGUCAAUAGCAGACCUGUCGAAUGGUCCCCUAGACACAGGCGUUGCAUAUCGCCACAACGCUACCAUGAUACUUACGUCAACAGCGCUGUGCGUGUGCAUACAGGGUAUGUCGCUCCGGAGUACUUAACCACGGGCAAGUGUACGUGGAGGAUUGACGUAUAUGCAUAUGGGUAUAUGCUUCUCGAGCUCAUCACGGGAAAGCAGCUUUCUGAUAAAGGAAUUGCAGGUCUUCACCCAGCUGAUUUGAUAAGUGAAUUUGUGGAGGACAACAGCUUGGAAACAAUCGUUGAUCCCAAAUUGCAGGGAAGCUACUCGAAAGAUGAAGCAGAGUGCGUUCGCCAGUUGGCAUUACUCUGUGUUUGUAUGAACCCGGCAAAACGACCAAAAAUGUCCGAGGUGAUUAGCACACUUGAGAACUCAUGUCAUGAUACGAGGAGUCCCAGUGAAGCUGAUUCUCAAUCAGAUUAUGAUUGUAAUCUGUGA